UGGUUAGUCAGUGUCGCCAAUUCAGCUAUAACUGAUAUUUACCUUGGUGCGUGGAAAUUGGGUCGAGAUAAAUGAAAAAUUGGCUCGCGAACGAUUUCCUGUCGAAAAAGCGUAUCUCGUGGAGAUUCCAACCACCGAAGAUGAGGUCUUGAGUUAAUGAACGUGCUGUGUAGUGUUGGCGUUUAAAGAAUAACGGCGAGAGGUUCGAGCUGUCGAGAUGGAGGAGAAAGAAGAUUCCGGAGGCGAUAAGAGGCAGUAUGGCUGGAACAUGGACAGGCUGGCUAAGAUGGAGAGGCUGGAGGUGCCCAAGGAGGACCAGAAGAAGCUCAGUCUGGGAUAUCAGAACACCUUGAUGUAUGGCCGGUACAGCCGGCAACUGGGAGAAUUCGCCAAAUUGGAGGGACUGAAACAGGCCGAGAGGAGGAGACUGAAGGAGGAGAGGGCUCGGAAGAGAGAACUUCGAGGAUAUCAAGGAAAAUUGGCCAAGGCUGUGGCCUUCAUCUGGAAGAACACCUUCGCCAGGCUGGGUGAAGACUGGGUAUUCUUGGCUCUCCUAGGAGUCAUAAUGGCGCUUAUCAGCUUCAUAAUGGACAGGAGCGUGCAGAUGUGCAAUAAAGCACAAAUAUGGCUCUUUGGAGACCUGACGAACCAACCGCUGGCGCAGUACGCAGCCUGGGUUUCUCUUCCUUUAUGUCUGAUAUUGUUCAGUGCCGGUUUCGUCCAUUUGGUGGCUCCUCAGUCUAUAGGUUCUGGUAUACCAGAGAUGAAAACCAUCCUCAGAGGUGUGGCUCUGAAGGAAUACCUAACGUUCCGCACCCUGGUCGCCAAGGUGAUAGGCCUGACCGCCACCCUCGGCAGCGGCAUGCCCCUAGGCAAAGAAGGUCCGUUCGUUCACAUCGCUAGCAUAGUAGCGACUUUGCUCAGUAAACUAGUUACUGGAUUUCAGGGUAUUUAUGAGAACGAGAGCAGAACGACCGAAAUGUUGGCGGCCGCAUGCGCGGUCGGCGUGGCCAGCUGUUUCGCCGCCCCCGUCGGAGGGGUGCUAUUCAGCAUCGAGGUAACCACGGUGUACUUCGCCGUGAGAAAUUACUGGAGGGGUUUCUUCACGGCCGUGUGCGGGGCCACCGUGUUCAGACUGUUGGCCGUCUGGUUCCAGGGAGCUGACACUGUUACGGCCGUGUUCAAGACCAAUUUCUUCAUGGACUUCCCGUUCGAUCCACAGGAACUGUUCGUGUUCGCCCUGAUAGGUGCUGUCUGCGGCCUUGGGGGCGCCUUCUACGUCUGGGUCCACCGCCAGUACGUGAUGCUGAUGCGUAACAGCAAGACGAUCAACAGCUUCCUCAAGAAAAACCGCUUCCUCUAUCCGGCCAUCGUGGCCUUGCUGGUGUCCACCAUAUCCUUCCCCCUUGGUUCGGGCCAGUUCCUGGCCGGCGACCUGACCACCCACGACCAGGUGGCCAAUCUGUUCAGCAACUUCUCCUGGACGAACGAGAAUCUGACCGUGAAGGAACAGGAUAUCGUGAAGAAAUGGAAGACGGAGAACACCGGGGUGUUCUUCCAUCUGUCUUGCUACAUAACGUACACCUUUCUGGCCUCCAUUAUAUGUUCGACAAUCCCGGUACCGAGCGGGAGCUUCAUUCCAGUGUUCAAGAUAGGUGCGGCCUUUGGUAGGAUAGUGGGGGAGCUUAUGCACAUGUGGUUCCCAACAGGAAUGCGAUACGGAGGCAAGCUGGCCGAGAUCAUCCCCGGGGGCUACGCUACCGUUGGCGCAGCAGCUUUCAGCGGUUCAGUGACCCACACAAUUUCCGUAUCUGUGAUAGUCUUCGAGAUGACCGGACAGAUUACGCACAUAAUACCCAUAAUGAUGGCCGUACUGAUUUCGAACGCCAUCGCCAGCCUAUUGGCUCCGAGUAUAUACGACAGCAUCAUCUUGAUCAAGAAGCUGCCGUAUCUUCCCGAUCUACUGCCCGGAAGCACCGGCAUGUACGACAGCUACGUGGAGGACUUCAUGGUGCGCGACGUCAAGUACAUCUUCCACGGCAUGUCCUACGAGCAGCUCAAGACGGUCCUGAAGGACAACAGGAGACUGCAGAGUUUCCCGUUGGUGGAGAAUCCGGAGAACAUGAUACUGCUCGGCUCGAUCCAGAGGGUCCAACUGAUCCAGUUGAUCGAGAAGCAGAUAGGCAAAGAGAGGAGAUUGCAGGUGGCCGCGAUCAGGAUGAGGGAGGCGGAGGAGAAGGCGAGGGAGGAGGCCUUGAGGAGGGCGGAGGAAAGGAGGAGGAGACCGUCUCGGUUCCAAGUGGUACCCGCGCCUGAUCUACUAGGCAUGAGGCAGAUGUCGGAGAAUCAGUUGGAUAUGGACAGGCCCCAUUACUCGCCCACUGGAGGCCAACCCAAAAAGUCCAUCCUCAAGAAGACGAAUUCCUUCACCCUGAAAGGUUUCAGCCCCUUCCUAUCCACCAGCCCAGGGUCGACGCCCUACACGACGGUGACAGGGGCGGAAAGCAGGAUACGGCUGGCUUUCGAGGCCAUUUUCAGGAAGUCCGCCCAACUUCAAGACGUCGACAGGGGUAGCAGCACCCAAGUUCUGAGUUCAUCGCCUUCGGUCGAGCCCAAGAUAAUGCCAACCUCCCCCAUUACGUCCAAGAAGGUGCAACUUCCCAGGGAAAGAGUGUGCGACAUGUCCCCGGAGGAACAGCAGGCGUGGGAAUAUGAACAGAUGCAGAUGCCCGUCGAUUUCACCAUCUGCCACGUGGACCCUGCCCCAUUCCAACUAGUGGAACGCACCUCGCUCCUCAAGGUCCACUCGAUCUUCUCCAUGGUGGGCGUGAAUCACGCCUACGUCACCGCCAUAGGCAAGCUGGUCGGCGUGGUCGGGCUGAAGGAGCUCAGGCAGGCCAUCGAGGACAUCAACUGCGGCAACCUGCCGAGUCACGCGGACGCCAACUCGAUGGGGACGAACAGCGACUUCAAGGAGGCGCCGGUCAACGAGACCGACGUGGAGGCUUCGGUGGCCCUGAUGGCGGAGAAGGACUGAUUUUAGGAGUGGCCGACGCAGUUCGCAUGCGCCGGGCGGUUCCCCAUAAGAUGUUGCUGUGAUUUUGAUGAGGUUGAACCGAUUGGUCAGGUUUGAAGUAUUAUUGAUAGUAUUUGGAGCCUCACUCUCUAAUUUUGCCUACUACUUAUUCGAAGAGUUCGAUGAUAGUGAUCCUCUGGAAGAGCCAUGAA